CCCAAGAAACAACAACGCAUAAAGCCAAAAUCAAUUCUUUCUUCAUCUUUUGUUUUGUUAAUCAUGUAAAAACUAUUCAGCACCUAACCUUUCAAGUCAUGUGAAAAUAAUGCAACACUGUAACACCCUUACAUGUAUUCUAAACCUGGAUUUGAUUUCAUUCAUCUCAUGAAGAGGGUGUUUCUCAAAGGUAAUUCAUUACUGUCAUGGCUGGUGAAUUUCUUCAUAACGUUAUCAUGCCAACAACAGCUGUUUCUGUCCUUGCUUCGUUGGUUCUUAUGUUCCAUUGCACCUUAGUCACAGCCACUGCAGCCACCACCUCAUCUAUAAGCAUAGUGAUUAAACUCUUCCCUUUCAAAUCUGCAUCAUUUUCCAACAUUUCAACAAACACCAUUCUGGAUCAUCACUGGCAUAAAAAGAUAAAGCUAGCUUCUGAUAGUAACUACGUAUCCAAUCUUGUUCCUAGCCCCAGCAAUGUUGUGUUCUUAAUGAAUUUCUCCAUAGGUGAACCACCUAUUCCACAACUUGCUGUCAUGGACACUGGCAGCAGCCUCACAUGGAUUAAGUGUCUUCCCUGCACUACUUGUUCCGGCCAGCAAUCUGUUCCAGUAUUUGAUCCUUCAAAAUCCUCCACAUUUGCUAGAUUAACAUGCAGUGAAUGCAACAAAUGUGAUGAGAACGGUCAUUGCCCAUACAAUAUAGAGUAUUCUGGGAGUGGUUCAUCAGAAGGUAUCUAUGUCAGGGAACAAAUAACUCUAGAGACCCAAGAUGACAGCAUAGUCAAAGUGCCAAAUUUGAUAUUGGGUUGUGGUAGUAAGUUUAGCUUAUCAUCCAAUGGUCACCCCUAUCAAGGAAUCAAUGGAGUGUUUGGACUUGGAAGUGGAAGCUUUUCUCUGCUACCUACCUUUGGUAAGAAAUUCUCAUAUUGUACUGGUAAUUUAGGGAAUACUGAUUAUAAGUUUAACCAAUUGGUCUUGGGGGAAAAGGCAAACAUGCAAGGUGACUCAACAUCUUUGAAUAUUGUCAAUGGUUUGUAUUAUGUUAAUCUAGAAGCUAUAAGUAUAGGGGGGAGAAAGCUUGAGAUUGAUCCAACUGUGUUUGAAAGAUCCACAGGUGAUAAUAACAGUGGAGUCAUAAUUGACUCUGGAGCAGAUCACACAUGGCUCACAAAAUAUGGGUUUGAAGUGCUGAGCUUUGAAGUUGAGAAUCUCCUUGAUGGGAUUCUGACCCAAAGAAAGUACAACCCUUAUACAUUGUGCUACAUUGGUGUGGCAAGUAGAGAUCUAAGUGGAUUUCCAUUAGUGACAUUUCAUUUUGCUGAGGGUGCUGUUCUGGACUUGGAUGUGACAAGUAUGUUUAUCCAGACCUCAGAGAAUGAGUUUUGCAUGGCUGUGCUUCCAGGGAACUAUUUUGGAGAUGACUAUGAAAGCUUUUCUUCUAUUGGAAUGUUAGCUCAGCAGUACUAUAAUGUGGGUUAUGACUUGAAUGGGAUGAGGCUGUACUUUCAGAGGAUUGACUGUGAACUUCUUGAUGGAUGAAUGUAAAUGACCACUUAAGUACUAACUUUCUUAUCAAGUUCUAGCAAUAUUCAGACUUUGAAGCCUACCUUUGAAUAUUUGUUUCU